AUGGCAGACCCGCCGACCCCUCCCCACACCCCCGCCAGCUCGUCCAAAGGCAAGUCAAAUGUCAACCAGGGAAAUGUGAAUAACGGUAACAUACGAAACAAUGGAGGAGUGGUCACUGGGAAUGUCAACGGGUUUAACACCAUAAUUGCAACCCUUAAUCUCACCGUUGAUACUGCCACGACUCUCACCGAUAAUAUCCAGAACUUCACUGCUCGCGUUGCGACAGUUGCUGAGAGGUUGAGGGAUGUUGAAGACAGGAUUCGCGCCACGUCUCAGAUUUUGAGCAAUAUUCGCGAUCUGCUGGUAAGGUUAGCCGCAAAGGAGAAUAUCACAAUCGACAGAGAAUUUCGCGCUCAGGAGGAUGGAACAAAUAUUGGAAGUCGUGGUCCAUCGAAUGAGGGAACAACGACGGGAAAUGCCUCUGGCGAAGGCACAAGAGGAGACAUUCAGCCUGGUCAACCUCCGGAUGGAAGCGCCAGGGUUCCAGAACAAAACGUCUCGAAUACGAAUCGUUUUCGCAGCUUGGCGGAUGCAUUUGAACGUGCAACCAAUCGAUUCAAGGAGAUCAAUACCAAGAUUCAAUAUGCGACGAACGAUAUCGAGCCUAUGCAACGAGGACGGGACAAGAUUGAACUCAAUGAUGACGCCCGGCAAAAGUUUAGUCUGACAGAAUUGCAUAUUGAUAAAAUGGAGAGAGAUAUCGAGAGUCACAAGUUAGAGCUGAACCUUGCCCUGACAGUCUUCAAAACAGCAAUUGACGACAAUCGUUCCGAGGCGAUUGAAUCGAAGGUUCUGGACCUUUUUAAAUCAUUGGCGGAGAGAGUUCUUGAUGAAAUCGUUAACAUCAAUCGUGGACUUUGGAAAACAAUUCGUGGUCCGAAUGGAAAUCAUCAUACUCGAUCCGAGCAUGGCCACCAACAGGUCUAUCCAGAUCGACGACCUUUCAUCUUCCCCGAUCUCCACAGAUUAACAUCCCUGUACUUGGGAUGGACAUUUACCAAAGGAAAACCACCAUAUGUCCACAUCAAUACCACCUCCACGCAGCCCUCGUGGCGAUGGGCAACCUGCAGUCAAAUGCCUCUUUCAACCGAGGAGCUAUUCCUGAAGGUCCUGGCCCAGACUACUAAACGCGCAAAGCUCCGCCGUACAAUCCAGGAUGAUUACAAAGACCUGUUGAAGACAAGUGUUCAGAGGUUGCUCGUGGAUGACUUGCUGCGUCGUGAAAAUGAGCGUCUGUCUCAGGAACAUCCAUCCUUGGAGUUGAAUUUGGCCGGCUUAUCUUCUAAAACGCGGAGAAUCGGCUUUUUCAGUCACGAGACGAAGAGUAUCGAAGUCAUUCUGAAGACGCAAUGGGCUCCUGAUCUUCCACGUCAUGCUCCAAUGCCACCUGGUGGUGGAGGUGGACAGCCACCACCUCCUCCGUCUGAUUUUGGUCCGUAUGGUCCUGGUAGGCCUCUUGGAGGAGGCGGAGAAGGAGGAGGAGGUGGUGGUGGUGGUGGUAGCGGCCCUGGGUAUCCCCCAGGCGGAGGCUCUGGUCAUACAAGUCACGGUCCACGUCAUGGCUCUGGAGGUCAUGAUAACCACUCGAGUCACACAAGACCACCUUCCAAGCCACAACUACCACCAGGAGCCCAUUCACGUCCCCACGUAACACCAUCAAACUCCGCUCCCGAAAUAGUCCCCCGCGACCCACGAAUGUACGUCGUCCGAAAGAAAAUAAAAGGCAAAGCCGCAGCCUCAGACAGCGAUAGCAAUCGCCAAGUCUUCGUCCGCGAUAAACGUGGUAAAUCGAAGAUCCACAUCGAGAGUCGUCGUCCAACAAGCUCUGACGCCGAUCACAUCGAUGGCCCAUCAUCAUCAGCUAGGCCAGAUCAUUAUAUCCCUCAACCAGCGGCUGGUCCAUAUGAGAGCAUCCAUACUCACAAACCUACAUACCCACCACGCCCAGCCGUCGAAACAGUAUACUCCACCACCGCCUCCUCUUAUUCGCACUACUCCUCCGACGAGGAACAAAUCUACGAUAACCAACCACCACAACCCACAAGCAUCCACGUCCAAUCCCGCACCAUGACCCUCGCCGAAGAAAAGCGCCUCAUCGACGACAUCUUCGCCGAAUGGGAAGAGGGCGUCCGCGGCACACAAACCACCACAACACAAGACCCGCACCAACAACGAAAAGAAGACCACACCUCAUCAUCUCAAGGCCCCCGCAUCGGUCCUACCCGCCGCAUAAUGAUGGCCGUGGAACACGAAGCGCAGAAACAAGACAAGAUGCUACAAACCAUUGCCGAGAGCCAUCGACUCGAGGAGAGUUAUCGGCACGCUCGCGAGCCGCAUCACCGUGCACCGAGUCACUUGUACACGAGGGAGCCACGGGGGAAGAGACACGUGAACAUUAAUCUUGAUGGAGGCUUCGAUUCGUAUGGCGGGUUCGAUAUGGAUAGACGGGAUUUUGGGGAUGAGCGCUAUCGUUCUUUCGUUCAGCCUGAGCUUGGCGAAGGGCCGUCCAGGUGGUAUGGGGCACACGGGUCGCGGCCGGAGAGGCAGGACAGAGAGAGGCAUUAUAUGUAUGUGGGUGAGGCCGAGCCGCAGUACAGACAGAGAGAGUAUGUGUAUGGGGGCGAGGUAGAUCCGAGGGUUCAAGUAGACCCGCGAGUUCGGGUACAUAGGCAUGGACCAGGUGAGAGACGCAGGGAGCAUGAGCAUGCGAGGAUGUCCUAUGUAGAACCUCGUGAGUUGGUAGAGGAGGAUGAGAUGUCUGACAGUGUGAGCGUCAUGGUGGUGCAGAGGAGGGAGAGCGGGAGAGAACGGCCUCAUGUGAUUGUCUCGCGGGGGCCGGAGUGGUCUGGUAGAGAGCGAGACAGUAGGAGGAGGAGGAUGGCUCACAGGGAAGUCCGGUAG